AAUGGGAGUAAUGUGCUGCAUCGAGUUUACACAAAGCAAAACGAAAAGGCACCAGAAGCUCAGAACAGAAAGUUGCCUAAAGAUAGAUGAUAAUACGAGAGGGGCACAUGAAGGAAGAUCUAUGGCUUCGUGUGGGGGGAAGAAGGCAUUGUCUGAACAAAGCAGAAAGAAGAAAGCUAGCCAAUCAGAACAAAGAAGCAAAAUCACAGUCACAGACACACAGAUAGAGAGAGAGAGAGAGAGAGAGUCAACGAGGGAAAGGUUGACCAGGCAUCUUGUGGGUGAGCUACCUGCCUCUCGAACACACGCUCUCUACAGCGUUGAAUUCUUUAAUGUCCUCAUGCCUCUUUGAUGCUCUUCUUCUCUCUUCACCCAUGCGCAUCCACUUGAUAUAUAAAGUACAGCAGACCAAACCCACAAAAAUAAGCCUAAAAACAAUUACUCUCCAUCUUUUCUUUUUCCCUCAAAACAAUUCCAAACACUGAAGAAGAGGCAGUUCUCAAAUAGAUAAUUGGUACAGAGAUAUGGGUCGUAUUCCAUGCUGCGAGAAGGACAACGUUAAAAGAGGACAGUGGACACCUGAGGAAGACAACAAGCUCUCUUCCUACAUUGCUCAACAUGGUACUAGGAAUUGGCGCCUUAUUCCUAAAAAUGCUGGCCUCCAGAGGUGUGGAAAGAGCUGCAGGCUCAGGUGGACUAACUACCUCCGUCCUGAUCUCAAGCAUGGUCAGUUUUCAGACUCAGAAGAGCAAACCAUUGUGAAGCUCCACUCUGUUUUUGGUAACCGAUGGUCACUAAUAGCAGCCCAGCUCCCAGGCCGCACUGACAAUGACGUCAAAAACCACUGGAACACCAAGCUGAGGAAGAAACUUUCAGGCAUGGGAAUCGACCCUGUCACCCACAAGCCAUUCUCCCACCUGAUGGCCGAAAUUGCAACAACAUUGGCACCCCCACAGGCAGCUCACCUAGCUGAAGCAGCUCUCGGCUGCUUCAAAGACGAGGUGCUUCAUCUUCUUACUAAGAAGAAGAUUAACUUCCAGGCUCAAAACCCCACUGAACAAAUGGGGAAUAACAUUAACAUUACCUCUUUCAUGAACUAUAAACCUGAUGAGAAGCAAGACACUUCUGAGAAGAUUAAGUUUGGGUUAUCCAAGGUUAUGCAAGAAUCUGAAAUGAUAACCCCAAAUAAACCGUGGGACUGCACUGCAGCUACAACAGCCAGUUUUGAGGGGACUUGCAGUGUCUUUCCUACAGUGACUGGGUUUCAAUUUAGUCCUGUGUCGUUUGCCAACGAUGGGGAUGGAUCACCAUGGAGCCAAAGUGUGUGUACCGGAAGUACAUGCACAGCCAUGGAUCAACAAGGCCAGUUACAUGAAAAACUUCAAGAAGAAAAUGAAGAUGAUUCCAAUACUGCAAAAGAAAUUAGAAGUGCAUCCGAUUUAUUCAACGCCCAGUGUGUUUUGUGGGAUUUACCAUCAGAAGAUCUGAUUAAUCCCAUGGUAUAAGAAAGAUCACAGAACAAAGAAGGGAAAGAAUUCCGACAUCAGAAAUAAAGAAUAAGCUGCCUAUGAAGAUGAUCAAUGAUACAAAUGUAGAUAAUGGCUAUUUUUACAAACUAUGAAUACAC